AAAGAGCGUCUCAGUGUCCAUCAGUGGAUCUGCUGUAAUAGUGGAGGGAGAUUCAGUGACUCUGAGCUGCAGCAGUGACUCAAACCCUCCUGCACAGAACUUCAGCUGGUUUAAAAGAGAAACAUCUGGAAGAUCUGGAGGAAUCUUCAACAUCCCAAAGAUCAGCUCUUAUGACAGUGGAGAAUACAAGUGUAUAGCCACAAAUGUGCAUGGAUGGAAAUACUCUGAUCCUGUGACUUUAGAUGUGCAGUGUGAGUUUAAGAGGAUGUGUACAUUGUUUAUGGUCUGUAUUUUUUCUUUGCAUUGUUUGCAAUAUCUAUAAAUGUAAAUUUUAGACCCCCCCAGGAACGUCUCAGUGUCUAUAAAUGGAUCUGCUGUAAUAAUGUCUGGAGAUUCAGUGAGUCUGAUGUGCAUCAGUGACUCAAACCCUCCUGCUCUGAGCUUCAGCUGGUUUAAGGAGAAUCAAAGCUCAGCUGUUGGAUCUGGACAGAGUUUCAGUGCAGUACAGAGUGGACGCUUCUACUGUGAGGCUCACAAUCCACAUGGAGCUCAGAGAUCAGACGCCGUCACUGUCACUGUUAAAGGACAUUCGCUGAUAUUAUACGCAUCUAUUGGAGUGGGUUGUGGAGCUGCAGUUGUCAUUAUGAUGUUGCUGAUUUGCAUGAGCAGGAUGAAGAAGAGACAUAAUACAGAGAAGUCUCAGAUGAAUGAGUCCAGACCUCAUCAUGACACAAGCAAUUAUUACUGCGAUAAUUCGACUGACUCUGAGUAUGCAAAUAUAAGUAUGAAGACUUUUAAACCUCAUCAUGACACAUGUACAGACUCUGAUGAUGAUUUCACUGACCCUGUGUAUGGAAACAUAAUGAUCUCUGAAUAUUCUCCUUAUUAGCAGGAAUGUCGUUCACUUGUUGAAUGAAGCAGCAGAUGUAAAACAGCAGAGAGUCAGGCUUUUCCCCAGACAACAUGUGGUUUAACUGUUUAAGUCUGUCGUGUCUUUGUAAAUACAUUAACAUUAGUGUGUGAAACAGCACAUGUGGAGUGCCAUUUAUCCGGUUUUACCUCUUUCUAAUUUUGCUUCUGUUUUUAUUAGUCAGGAAGAGAGGUGACAUAAUUGUUCUCAAUUUCAUAUUUCUUUUGUUAUUUGAAUUCUUUCAGAUACAUCUUGUUAAGUCAUUUUAGCCUCUCCAUCUUUUCAUGAUUUGGUUUGAAAAUCUGUAAUUAUUUGCUGUAUAA